CAUAAUAGUGAAAAUAUUCAUCAUAGACGCGUGAUAACCUAAAUUUAAGGUUGUCCGAUAAAAAAUACACAAGAAAUACGCACAAUAGUGUAUAAUGUUUCGAUCAUAUCAUUUCGCUAAUGUGGCCUCGCGUGCUAUUGUCAUUAGAAAGAACAAUACACGAUUUGUAAGUUUUCAUAAACUGAAAGAAACAUUCAAACAUUUAUUGGGCACGGAUUCCAAUAGGUUACCGUAUAAACACGUUUGUCAAAUUGGUGAUCCUGUUUUACGUGGCCACGCUAUGAAGAUAGAACCAGAAGUCAUAAAAUUGGCGGAUUUUCAAAAGGUAAUCACACAUUUGAUAAGCAUUAUGAGGAGAUAUGAAGCGUGCGGUAUGUCCGGACCUCAAAUUGGACUUCCAUGGCAAAUAUUCGCUAUAGAAUACACUGAGGAUCAUAUGAAAACGAUUCAUGAGGUUGUCAAGAAAGUCCACGAAGUGGAAAUCAUUCCAGUGACAAUUUUUAUCAACCCUGAAUUAAAAGUUAUAGAUCAUACGCCUAUCAUCCUUCAUGAAGGAUGUGAGAGUGUUCGUGGAUAUUCUGCUGCUGUACCCAGAGCUUACGAAGUAGAAAUUACAGCUCUGAAUACUUCUGCUGAACAAUUUACAUGGAGAGGACGUGGAUGGUCUGCUAGAAUAGCACAACAUGAAUAUGAUCACUUACAAGGAAAACUAUACAUAGAUAAAAUGGAUAUAAACACAUUUCAUUGCACGGCUUGGGAAAAAAUUAACAAAAACGGCGGCAAAACGCACUUAAGUUAUUUACCGAAAGAAUAAAAUGUUUUGUGUAUUAUUAUUUAUAUUGACUAAAAUAGAUGCAGUAUUUACAUAAAAAUUAAAUUGCGUUUAUUUAUUUUCCACAAUGUGAUGUAUAUGUAUAAAACAUGUGAAAUUGACAUAAAUCUAAAUUAUAUGAUUUAAUUGUUAUCUUAUUAUAUAGUUUUAUUCUGCAGGUUAAUCUCUCCUAGCUGUUAUUUUUAUGUCACAUAUGUGCUUUUAUUUGUAAAUAAAAUAGACGUGGAAGAAAAUA